AUGGAAGCAGAGAGCAGCCCGUCUAGCGCCCCAUUCGGCCUCACACUGACCUACCGCGGCGCCACACACGCACUCUCGCUCCGCCCCGACUCCACGCUCGUAGACCUCCACGACCGCAUCGAAGAGCUCACCUCCGUCCGCCCCGCGAACCAGAAGCUGAUCUACAAGGGCAGCAAGAAGCCCGCCUCCAGCACCCCUCACGACAUCUCCCUCCUCCAGGCCGGGCUCGCCGAUGGCACGCGCGUGCAGCUCGUCGGCCCGACCGCGGGCGAACUCGACGGCUUCGAGGCGGCAGAGAACGAGCACCAGCGCCGCGAGCGCAUCCUCCGCGAGCGCGCACGGCGCGGGACUGUCAAGGUGCGCGCCACGGGCCCGUCCCCCGCCGAGGCGAGCGCGGCGCAAUACACGUUCCACCAGAUCCAGCCGCUGCCGCACCUGCCCGACCCACCCGCUGCCCGCGCGCUCCUCGCGCGGCUCGCGGCGGACCCAGCGAUCGUGCACGUCAUGCGCAAGCACCGGUUCUCCGUGGGGCUCCUUACAGAGCUCGCGCCGCACGAGCAGCCGCACCUGCUCGGACUCAACGUGAACGCAGGGCAGGCGAUUAAACUUCGGAUAAGGACUAACCUGUACGACGGCUUCAGGACGUACAAGGAGGUGCGGAGGGUGCUGUGCCACGAGCUGGCGCACAACGUGUGGGGGGACCAUGAUAACAAUUUCAAGGAGCUCAACUCUACGCUCAACCGGGAGGUCGCAGAGUUCGAGCGUGCGCAGGCUGCUGGGACACAUCACCUGGGGAGCGCAUCCAGCUUCGACGGUCCGCGGCCUGCCCUUGAGGCGGAAGCACAAGAGUAUUCUCUCGGUGGCGCGUAUGCUCUCGGAGGUUCGGGUGUCAGUAGCGAUACUGACUCGCCUGAGGAACGACGGCGGAAGAUGCUAGAAGCUACUAUGAAUCGGCUCAAGAAGGAAGAAGAGGAGAUGGAGGACCGAUGUGGGACUGCAGGGCAUUGA